ACAACACAAGGUAGCAAUAACUAGCUAGAGCUACACAAGGCUCAAUCACAUUUCAAAGUCCUCUUCAAACCUCAAAGCAAAGCACGUUCAGAGAUCCGUGCACGUACACACAUAACCCAUUAGAACUUACUUAGAAGGCAGAUGGACUGCGUGAUGAAGCUGGCGUCCGAGCGAGCGGUGGUGAUCUUCACUUUGAGCUCCUGCUGCAUGUGCCAUACCAUGGCGUGGCUCUUUUGCGACCUGGGUGUCAAUGCACUGGUGCAUGAACUCGACCAAGACCCCAGGGGAAAGGAGAUGGAGAGAGCUCUCCUCAAGAUGCUCGGGAAAGGCCCAUCUGUUCCAGUGGUGUUCAUCGGCGGGAAGCUUGUCGGCGGGACAAACAGGGUCAUGUCCAUGCAUCUUAGCGGCGAGCUCGUCCCAAUGCUGAGGAAUGCAGGUGCCCUCUGGCUAUAGAGGAAUGCAGGUG